AUGGAAUCCACAUCGAGCGAAGCUCUAGCGUCUACUUCUCUUCGUCGCGCAUUGCUACUUGUGAUGACUGCAUCUCAGUUGGACAAGGAAUUCAACAAUCCCAGAGAUGUGGACAUGGAUGCUGUCAAUGAAAGAAUAGCUGCAUUGAAGCCUGCUGGUGGGGCUCCUCCAGAAAUGGAUGAAGUUGAUUUUAUCCCCGUAGAUCCUAAGGCUACGGUGGUAGAUGCAAAAACGUGUUUUCUGGCAAUUGGAGCUGAAUAUGGAGAAGGUUUUGAGAGUUUUGGACAUGUUGGACCUCUCAAGCGUGGGCAGUUCAAGCAGAAGGUUUCGGUGCUUGAUAAGUCGGGGAAGCCAAUCCUUACAGCAACUGACAGUUCAAACCCCUGGUGGGCUCUUCUUGAAGAUGCUGUCAAAAAAGCGAAUGGGAAACUUGGUAAGCCAGAGAUUUUUCCUGCUUCAACAGAUGCUCGCUACUUCCGGAAUCUAGGCUUGCCAGCAAUUGGAUUCUCUCCGAUGGCCAACACUCCCAUUCUUCUUCAUAACCACAAUGAGUUUCUAAACAAAGACGAAUACUUGAAAGGAAUUGAUAUUUACGAAUCUAUUAUCACGGCGUAUGCGUCUUAUGUCGAUCAUGGGAAAAGCGCGAGUUCCAGAGAUGAGUUGUAA